CUCCCUCCACUCCUCUCACCCCUCCUCCCUCCACUCCUCUCACCCCUCCUCUCUCACCCCCUUCCUAAAUCCUAAUAAUGUGUUAUACUAAUUUAGUACACUAGUAUCUGGCAGCAGAAAACCACCCUCAUCUCUCUCACUCACCCUCACCUCCCUCCACCCUCCCCCUUCCUCUCCCUCUUUCACCCUCACCUCACCUCCCCCUCCCUCCCUCCACCCUCCCCCUCUUCUCUCACUCUCACCUCCCCCUCCCUCCACCCUCCCCCUUCCUCUCUCUCUCUCACUCUCACCUCCCCCUUCCUAAAUCCUAAUCCACUGUGUUCACUUGUGUGCUCCGAUACUUUACGUUCAAACGUCUUGCUGCCCAAAUACCUACGGAGCAACGAGAAGCUCAGAACAUUUCACCUGACCCCAUUCAGUGGACUCCAUUCAGUGGACCCCAUUCAGUGGACUCCAUUCAGUGGACCUCAUUCAGUGGACUCCAUUCAGUGGACUCCAUUCAGUGGACCUCAUUCAGUGGACUCCAUUCAGUGGACCUCAUUCAGUGGACCUCAUUCAGUGGACCUCAUUCAGUGGACCCCAUUCAGUGGACCUCAUUCAGUGGACCUCAUUCAGUGGACUCCAUUCAGUGGACCUCAUUCAGUGGACCCCAUUCAGUGGACCUCAUUCAGUGGACCCCAUUCAGUGGACCUCAUUCAGUGGACCUCAUUCAGUGGACCCCAUUCAGUGGACUCCGUUCAGUGGACCCCAUUCAGUGGACCCUAUUCAGUGGACUCCGUUCAGUGGACCCCAUGCAGUGGACCCCAUUCAGUGGACCCCAUGCAGUGGACCUCAUUCAGUGGACCCCAUUCAGUGGACCUCAUUCAGUGGACCUCAUUCAGUGGACCCCAUUCAGUGGACCUCAUUCAGUGGACCCCAUUCAGUGGACCCCAUGCAGUGGACCUCAUUCAGUGGACCCCAUUCAGUGGACCUCAUUCAGUGGACCUCAUUCAGUGGACCCCAUGCAGUGGACCUCAUUCAGUGGACCUCAUUCAGUGGACCUCAUUCAGUGGACUCCAUGCAGUGGACUCCAUGCAGUGGACCUCAUUCAGUGGACUCCAUGCAGUGGACUCCAUGCAGUGGACCUCAUUCAGUGGACCUCAUUCAGUGGACUCCAUGCAGUGGACUCCAUGCAGUGGACCUCAUUCAGUGGACUCCAUGCAGUGGACCUCAUUCAGUGGACUCCAUGCAGUGGACUCCAUGCAGUGGACCUCAUUCAGUGGACUCCAUGCAGUGGACUCCAUGCAGUGGACCUCAUUCAGUGGACUCCAUGCAGUGGACCUCAUUCAGUAGGCUACAAUUGGGAGAAUGCUGUAGCCUACAAUACGCACAGUUGUAAAAUGCAGUGUGUUGAGACAUGGCUUGAAUGCCUCCUAGAGGGUCUGAGACAUGGUCUAGGCCAGCUGACUUUAAGUGACGGGACGUGUUACACGGGUCAGUUCGAGAACGGACUCUUCAACGGCUGUGGGAUGCUGGUCUUCCCUGAUGGAUCCAGGUACGAAGGAGACUUCAUUCAGGGGAAGUUCCAAGGCGCAGGCGUCUUCAGUCGUUUCGACGGGAUGAAGUUCGAGGGAGAGUUCAAGAGUGGAUGUGUGCAGGGAUACGGUAUGCUGACGUUCGCUGACGGAGGUCUGGAAAGAGGGGGAGGAGGAGGAGGAGGAAGAGGAGGAGGAAGAGGAGGGACGAGCCACGAGGGUCUGUUUGAGAGAGGCCAGCUGGUGGGCAGAGAGGGGUGCCAGGGCACGGUGCAGCGGGCACAGGGGGCAGCCGCCAAGGCACGGGCGCUCUCCAUGUGACCUGCAGCUAGGGUGCGCUACUCAGGGAGCACUUCACUAUCAUACUCACACCCUUCUUUUUCUUCAUUCAUUUCAUUCUGUUCUCUGUCUUUACGGCUGUACUCCUCUGUACACAGCGUACAAAACAUUAAGAACACCUUUGCUCUCAGAACAGCCUCAGUUCGUCGGGGGCCUGGACUCUACAAGGUGUCGAAAGCGUUCCACAGGGAUGCUGGCCCAUGUUGACUCCAAACGCUUCCCACAGUUGUGUCAAGUUGACUGGAUGUCCUUUGGGUGGUGGACCAUUCUUGAUACACACAGGAAACUGUUGAGCGUGAAAACCCCAGCAGCGAUACAGUUCUUGACACACGCAAACCGGUGCGUCUGGCAAACUCAGACUUUUGAUUGUCUCUAUUAAAAAGAGGAGGAUCCCAUCAGCUAUCUGUAGGCUAACUAUAUUUAUUUCUCAACACUCCUAACAUUAAGCAUAUUGCUUCGCUUUACAAUCGGAGUAGCCUACCUAGCUGGCAUGAAAAUGAACCGUGGGAAAAGUGCCUUCCGGUCGCUAUUCAAGUGCAUAUGGCUGAGAGGUACAUGAUAAUGGCCCAUUCUAAACCAACAUUAAUCUCACACAAAUAUUAUUUAGCAUAUGGAAAGACAAGAUUAAAUUGAGAAUAGUCUGAUGGGUGACAAUAUUAUCCCUUGUGAAUGAUGCCCAGUGUGUGCAAUCUAAGGCAAGAAACAGCACAUGCAUUUUCUUGAGGACUUUUAUUAGAUCAUAGUCGCGUGCAUUGUGUGGUCUAGCCCAUAGGCCUAUAUGUUUUGAUAAGGUUUGUAAUCACAACUAAAGUGGCCAAAUAACUCCAAACGUAGCUUCUAAGCCCAAGACCCCUGGAACAUGGUUGUAGUGCCCAUAGCCUACAGAGCCUAGUGAAACCUGUUCUUAUAAGCCAACAUUGUGCGAUCGCAUGUGAAAACAGUUUUGACUGGACAUAAUUUAAAAGAAGAUCCCAGCUUUCUCUUACUGCUAUAUAUAUUCAUGAAUCCGCUUUAUAAACGUUGUUCCCUACUUGGCAUUUUAAACACGUAACCACACAAAACCUCCAUUCGCUUUUCCAGUAAAGGCUACGGAUGACGUGUUUUUUAAUUUUUUUAUUCAUAAAAAAUAAUUCCACACAUAUAUUAAUAGGCUAUAUGUAAAGACCAGAUUAAAUUGAGAAUAGUCUGAUGGGUGAGAAUAUUAUCCAGCGCUUGUCAAAUAGGGAAUGAGAGACUGAUGAAGUGUGUGCAGCCUGCGUAAGAAACACAGCAGAGUGAUUCCCUUUCAUUCAGCUUUUUUCAAAUCAUCAUUUGUCGCAUCAUACGGCCUUAGAAUGUAUUCAAAUUCUAAACAUAUAGCCCAACGUUUGUAUCACAGCUAAAGUUGCAUGAAUAAAUAAAUGAAGCAGAUAGGAAGACCUGUUCCUUUGUUAACCGCUCAACACAGAAUAGCCGUAUGGGCGCAGUCCCUCGGAAAUCGUUUGGAAAAAAUAUCCUUUCUAUUUUAUUUAGCUUUGUUCAAUUGUAUUGUUCUUCAUGUAAAACAAUACAAAAUAAUGCCACGGGAAUUAUAAACUAAUCCAGUCUGCUAAAUGAACUAGUGUCGCCCACAGCCAUAUGGCAUAGCCAGAUCAGAGCCUUAUCAUAAGGAGAACUCAGAGUGUUAUUCAGU